GCUUACAAGAUCUAAUGAGCUCCCCCGGGAGGCUGAGCCGCGAGCUCGGGGCAGGAGCGAGCAGAUAGCGCCGCGCCUGGGUAGGAGCGGGCCGGGAGCCGACGGGCCGCGCUGCGGACCGCUCAGGAGCCGCGGCGAUGGCGGUGCAGGCUGCGCUGCUCACCUCGCACCCCUUCAUCCCCUUCGGUUUUGGAGGUUCCGCCGACGGGCUGGUGAGCGCCUUCGGAAGUUUGGACAAGGGUUGCUGUUUCGAGGACGAUGAGAGCGGGGCGGCCGCGGGAGCGCUGCUGCCCGGAUCAGAGGGCGGGGACGUCCGCGAGGCCACCCGCGACUUGCUCAGCUUCAUAGACUCGGCGUCCAGCAACAUCAAGCUGGCUCUGGAUAAGCCAGGCAAGUCCAAGCGGAAGGUGAACCACCGCAAGUACCUGCAGAAGCAGAUCAAGCGCUGCAGCGGCCUUAUGGGCACCGCGCCUCCGGGACCGCCAUCCCCGAGCGCGGCAGACGCUCCAGCUAAGCGGCCUCCGGGCGCCCCGGGAGCCCCGACCGUCGCGGCCCCGGCGCCCUGCAAGGCCACCCCGAGGAGGGAGGCGACGCAGGCCGCGGCUGCCGCCAGCCUGCAGAGCCGGAGCCUGGCUGCCCUUUUCGACUCUCUGCACCACGUCCCCGGGGGCGCAGAGCCCGCAGGCGGUGCGGUGGCCGUGCCUGUCCCGGGCCUAGGAGCAGCAAGCGCUGCGGGCGACGGGGCCGGCACUGCGGGGAACUCAGCGGCCCCUGGGACUAGGAAGGUCCCUCUGCGCGCCCGCAACCUGCCUCCGUCCUUCUUCACUGAGCCGUCCCGAGUGGGUGGCAGCGGCAGCAGUGGCGCGGCUGCGGCUGCGGCCCCCCCGGGCCAGGGCGUGAGCUUGGGUGACCUAGAGAAAGGGGCGGAGGCCGUGGAGUUCUUCGAGUUGCUGGCGCCGGACUUCGGCGCUGGCAACGACUCGGGCGCCUUACUGGCCGGGGAGCCGCUGGACGUGUUCCCCGCGGGAGCCACAGUCCUACGGGGACCCUUGGAGCUGGAGUCUGGCCCCUUUGAGCAGCCAGCAAUGGUGGGGAACCUACUAUACCCCGAGCCCUGGAGCGCCCCGAGCUGUCCUCAAACCAAGAAGCCUCCACUGGCUGGCGUUCGCUGCGGCGUGACCUUGAACGAGCCUGUGCGUCUCCUGUACCCCACGGCCUUGGACUCUCCAGGUGGGGAGGACACACCAGCCUUGACCUCUUUCGCCCCCUUCUUCCCAGAUUGCGCGCUGCCGACGCCCCAUCAAGUGUCCUAUGAUUACAGCGCCGGCUACAACCGUGCGGUUUACCCCAGCCUCUGGAGACCCGACGGGGUCUGGGAAGGGGCACCUGGGGAAGACGGGGCGCACCCAGACUGACCGCGAGGUACCCUUCGUCUCCCUUAUGACUGCUGUGAGCUGCGUGCCACUGAGGGUCUCUCUUGAGUGGAGGAAAGAUGUAGAAACGCACGUGAAGACGAAAUGGGAUUAAAAACAAACAAACAAACCACAAUUCAUCUGAUUAAAAACUUCAGGAAAAGAGAUGAAGAGGAGUUGGGAGUUGAUUUAAACAGUCUCAGAUUUUUUUUUUUUUCUUUCUUUCUUUCUAAGUGGCCGUUAGAGUCUUACUUGGACGAAAAGAGGCCCCAAAGCCCGAGACAGGGUUGGGGAAUAAUCGGGUGGGAUGAUGGACGGGUCAAGAACAAGACAGGGCUUUUGUAGCCACCUGCCAUCUCAGUUCAGCCAAGGUCAGUGUGUUUAAUGUCAUUACCCCUUUAAGGCAGUGCUCUGGUGUCUCCCCUUGAGUACAUUAUGAAUUAAAGCCUAUAUUGAAAGAA